AAACAUUACAAUUUGAGAAAACUUAACGUUUUUUGUAAUGGCAACACCACCGUUAACGCCAAGAAUGAUGACUCCGACGACAAUGUCGCCUCUCGGGAGUCCAAAGUCGAAGAAAUCAACGGCGACGGUGCGACCGGAGAUCACGUUGGAGCAACCGUCUGGAAGAAACAAAACAACCGGCUCCAAAUCGACGAAACUCUUCCGCCGAGUCCGGUCUGUAUUCCGAUCACUACCGAUCAUGUCUCCCAUGUGUAAAUUCCCUGUUGGAGGAGGACGACUCCACGAGAAUCACGUUCACGGAGGGACACGUGUCACGGGAACGCUGUUUGGUUACCGCAAAACGCGAGUGAAUUUAGCGGUUCAAGAAAAUCCGCGUUCUUUACCGAUUCUGUUACUGGAAUUAGCGAUUCCCACGGGAAAGCUUCUUCAAGAUCUUGGAGUCGGUUUAGUGAGAAUCGCGUUGGAAUGCGAGAAGAAACCGAGCGAGAAAACCAAAAUCAUUGACGAACCGAUUUGGGCGUUGUAUUGUAACGGAAAGAAAUCUGGUUAUGGUGUGAAGAGACAACCAACGGAAGAGGAUCUUGUGGUGAUGCAGAUGCUUCAUGCUGUGUCGAUGGGAGCUGGUGUGUUACCGGUGAGCAGUGGUGCGACGGAGCAAAGCGGCGGAGGAGGAGGAGGACAACAAGAAGGAGAUUUGACGUACAUGAGAGCACAUUUCGAGAGAGUGAUUGGGUCAAGAGACUCGGAGACGUAUUACAUGAUGAAUCCUGAUGGGAACAGUGGACCUGAGCUUAGUAUCUUUUUCGUGAGGGUUUAAUAAAACGACGUCACUUUAGGGGAAACAUUACAUUACGU